AUGGGUGGCAAAAAUCCUGAAAAUAAUGAUAACAUGAAUAUUUUAUUUAUCCAGUAUCUCGAGAAGUUUGACUUGGCACCAGUUUUCACGAAGGAAGAAUUUCGACACUGGUUCUUACCGCAGGACGGUAUAAUAAACAGUUUUGUUGUUGAAAAUGAUAAUAAAAUAACAGAUCUAGUUAGUUAUUACACGUUACCGAGUUCAGUAAUGCAUCACCAAGUCCACAAAACACUACGAGCUGCCUACAGUUUUUACAAUGUUUCUACUAAAACACCAUGGGUUGAAUUAAUGACUGAUGCAUUAAUUUCAGCAAGAAACCUGGACUUCGAUGUGUUUAAUGCAUUAGACCUAAUGGAUAAUAAAGAAUUUUUAGAAAACCUAAAAUUCGGUAUUGGCGACGGAAAUCUUCAAUACUACCUCUACAAUUGGCGCUGUCCCAGUAUGACGCCCAACAAAAUUGGCUUGGAACUCAAUAAAUAG